UUUACCGGUGCCUCCCUCCUGUCACACAAUCACAUACACACACUCUCUCAGGGCCGGACGAGGCUCUGUCGCCUGCACAUCACCCCGAGCAGUUGCAGGAGGCUACACCAUGGAAAUCAGCGAAUCACAGUCACAGCAGGACAGACUGCAGGCUAUAGCGGAGAAGCGGAAGCGCCAGGUGGAGAUAGAAAAUAAAAGGCGCCAAUUGGAAGAUGACCGGAGACAGCUGCAGCAUCUGAAGUCAAAGGCCCUGCGGGAACGCUGGCUGUUGGAGGGUGCACCGGCUCCCUCUCCUGAGGAAGAUGAAGCAGCGCGAAGACAGAUGCAGGAGGAUGAGCAGAAAAGCCGGGAACUGGAAGAGACUAUACAGAGACUAGAGAGAGAACUGGAGUUACUGGAAAGUGGCAUGUCUAGCGCGUCUACCAAAGAGAGCCUGGCAGAGGAACCAGUAACUGCGGAAAAAGAAAACCAGGAGAGAGCCAAGGGCCACAAGUCCCCUCUGAAUGCAUCAAGAGAUCAUACUUCAGCAUCGCCCUCUCACACAACAGACAAUCCAGACAUGAUCAGAACAGCAAUGUACUCUGUGGAGAUCACAGUGGAGAAGGACAAAAUCACAGGGGAGACUAAAGUACUCUCCAGCAACACUGUCCUUCCACGACAAUACCCCAUGCAGGGGGUCAAGGUGUAUGAAGAUGAUCAAAAAGUGGUACAUGCAGUGAGGUCAGAAGUAACUGCACCUGCUAAUUCUGUCCAUCAACUUAGCUCUUAUGAGGUGGAAGAUAUCAUCCAGAAAGCUGAGGAGGCCACUCUUAGUGAGAUCUCCUUAACCUCUGAUGAAAAAACUCCAGUCCAACGAGCAUCACCACGGAAAGAAAUCCCUGGUGUUCAGGCAAGACCACCACAAACCCCAACUGGGCCUGAGCCUCCAGUCACAAUGAUCUUUAUGGGUUACCAGAAUGUUGAAGAUGAGAAUGAAACCAAGAAAGUUCUAGGUAUGGAGGAAGCCAUUACAGCUGAACUGGUGGUCAUCAGUGAUGGGGACCCCCAGACAGCAGUUGACGGGGAGAUUCCUGAAAAAACUCAACACCCUCCGAAUGGUGCACCUGCUGAUCCACCCAACAAGAGUGAUAAACCGGAGACCAAUGACACUGGACCAGCAAAAGUUGGGGAUCAGGAUCUGACCAUGAAGAAGCAGAGAUGCAAGUGCUGCAGUGUGAUGUAAAUAAGGAGAUUGGGGGAAGACUGCAUUUCCCUCCCCAAUGUGUAGCCAGGGAGUGGAACUUCGCCUUUGCCCAAAAUCAUGGGCAAAGCUGCUCUCUCCUCAUUCUCUACCAGUUUGAGAGGAACACUUUUGUCCUUUACACUCAGUUGUGGAGGAUUGCUCCUUACUGACCUAAGAGGAGCUCAAUCCAUUUGCCUCCAAUUUUUUUUCCUAGAAACCUAAGAGGAUGGUUCGUGUUUAUCUCCAAAACCUGUGAUUCUUUCCCCUUCCCCAGCAAAUGUGGCUCUAUUUACCUCUUUAGACUGAGAAAUGCUCUUCUUUCAUCCAAGCUGAAAUAGGAGGCCUUAUCCAUAAAAUCUUCAAAGAAGGUUUCCUGAUUUCCCCUGAAUAAAUGUGAUGGGUGCUCCUCAGACAUUUCACAACUUUACUUCCUAUACAGACAGAUGUAUUGUAACCACAGACUGAGCAUUGUCCUCUUGUGUAAUCAUACUUGGAUGAUCUCUACAGCUAUUACUUUCUCUCCGUCUGUCUAUCUAUCUAUAUGUAUUUUAUGUAUGUGUGUGUGUAUAUAUAUACAGUAUAUAUAUACAUAUAUAUAUAUACACCUAUGUAUUUAUGUUUUAUGUAUAUGUAAUAAAAGAUAUGUGUGUAUGUA